ACUUGGCUCCUCCUGUGGUCACAACUCACAAGCUCACAGAGCAAGAACACUGUUCCAAUACGGAAUCUAAGGCAAAGCAAACCAAACAUCUUGAAUCAUGGGUUCAACAGGUGAGACUCAGAUUACCCCAACCCACGUAUCUGAUGAAGAAGCAAACCUUUUCGCCAUGCAACUAGCCAGUGCUUCUGUCCUUCCAAUGAUCCUCAAAUCAGCACUUGAGCUUGAUCUGUUGGAAAUCAUAGCCAAGGCUGGCCCUGGUGUUCAUCUUUCCCCCACUGACAUUUCUUCUCAGCUCCCAACACAGAACCCUGAUGCACCCGUUAUGUUGGACCGUAUAUUGCGCCUAUUGGCUUGCUACAAUAUCCUCUCUUUUUCUCUCCGCACUCUCCCUGAUGGCAAGGUUGAGAGGCUCUAUGGUCUCGCCCCCGUUGCCAAGUACUUGGUUAAGAACGAAGAUGGUGUCUCCAUUGCUGCGCUCAACCUCAUGAACCAGGACAAAGUCCUCAUGGAAAGCUGGUACUAUUUGAAAGAUGCAGUCCUUGAAGGAGGCAUUCCAUUUAACAAGGCUUAUGGAAUGACAGCCUUUGAGUACCAUGGAACAGAUCCAAGGUUUAACAAGGUUUUCAACAAGGGAAUGGCUGAUCACUCUACCAUCACAAUGAAGAAAAUUCUUGAGACCUACACAGGUUUUGAGAGUCUUAAAUCUCUGGUUGAUGUUGGUGGUGGGACUGGAGCUGUAAUCAACAUGAUUGUCUCAAAGCAUCCCACUAUUAAGGGCAUUAAUUUUGAUUUGCCUCAUGUCAUUGAAGAUGCCCCAUCUUAUCCUGGAGUGGAGCAUGUAGGUGGAGAUAUGUUUGCGAGUGUUCCGAAAGCUGAUGCUAUUUUUAUGAAGUGGAUUUGCCACGAUUGGAGUGAUGAGCACUGCUUGAAGUUUUUGAAGAACUGCUACGAGGCACUACCAGACAAUGGGAAGGUGAUUGUGGCAGAAUGCAUUCUUCCAGUGGCUCCAGACUCUAGCUUGGCCACAAAAGGUGUGGUUCACAUCGAUGUGAUCAUGUUGGCACAUAAUCCAGGUGGGAAAGAGAGAACAGAGAAAGAGUUUGAGGCUCUGGCCAAAGGGUCUGGAUUCCAAGGUUUCCGAGUUGUUUGCUGUGCUUUCAAUACCAACAUCAUGGAAUUUCUCAAAAAGAUUUAAGUUCUUUGGCAUGGAUUCAUGUCAAGCUGCAUUUGGGUUUUGAGAUUGAGGUUGUGGUUGUGGUGCUACUUUCCAAAGCUUUCCCGGAAAAACGUAAUUUUCUCUUAGGAAAAGAAUAAUGAACAAGUUCAAUGUAGACUGCCAAUAUCAAAUAACAAGUUUCAUUUUGUGGAUUAUAUAUAUAUAUAUAGUUCUGUGUUUCCUCCUUAA